AUGACAAGCUCGGUGCAGCCGUCAAGCACAGACACGGGCAUCACUCCGACAAUCGUCUUCUCUCUCCUCACUCCAUCCCGCAGCUUACGCAUCGUAAACCUUCUCAUCAACACAUUCAUCUUUGCUGCAUGCGUCGAUUUUGUCGCUUACCCAUUUUUCGACGAUGCCUCCGACGUUAUCUACUCACGCAUCGGUGCCUUGUACCCUGAUGCCGCCAAGGUUGGUGUGCGCUAUCCCAGCAGCGACGCAAAUGCGACAUACCAUGAGGUAUAUAUAACAUGGAGGCAGGAGAUGGAUAGCACUGGCAUUGACUCAUGGAAAGAGGGCUCGGUGGUCAAUUUGACUAAAGGGGACGACUGGGUGGGUACGGUAAAGCUGUUUGGGCUCUCGCCCAGUACAUCAUAUGAAUAUAGGCUCGAAGACCCCAAUGGGACCGUGCUCCCUUACCCCGCCUCACCGCUCCACUUCCACACGUUCCCAGACCCGCUCCUGAACAGCGGCUCGCACUUCCGCUUCCUCGCGUCGUCGUGCAUGACACCAAACUUCCCAUACACGCCCAUGCACGGGCGGAGGAUCAAGGGUUUCGAUUUACUGGCGGAGUACUUGUGGCCGGCGGAGAACAUUGCUAAUGUGCCACCCAAAGCGACCCCGAUUUUAGUGGAUACGGAUAGUAUGGCAGCAGACGAAGCGGAAUCUGGCAGCGAGCAGACCGGCAGCUCUCAGCCUGCGACGCCCUCCGAAGGUGUUCCCGAGCCGACAUCGGGUGAAACUAACGCGCAGGUGGCAGCGUCGCAGCCUCUGCCGCCGCCUACGGAAUUCAUGAUCUUCAUGGGAGAUUUUAUUUACGCAGAUGUGCCGAUCUACUGGGGAGACGACAAAGAAGCGUAUCGCAGGCUAUAUAGAAGGAAUUAUCAGAGUCCGAGCUUCAGAAAGGUGUAUGAACGGCUGCCGAUGAUACAUACGUACGACGACCAUGAGAUCAUCAACAACUAUGCCGGCAAAGCAAAUGACAGCAAGCCCCCGUUCCCGAAUGCAGACGAUGCGUUUGCGUUGUACAACGCUAACGCGAACUACGACAGCUCUGAGGAGGACGCGCACUAUUACGAGUUCAGGUACGGCGACGUGGCUUUCUUCGUCAUGGACACGCGGCGAUACCGCUCGGUCAUCGAGGAGACGGACGAGGCAAGUCGGACGAUGCUGGGCGACAAGCAGUUGGCGGCACUGCACGACUGGCUCGGGAGGGUCAACAACACAGCGACAUUCAAGUUCAUCGUGACCUCGGUGCCGUUCACCUCCCUGUGGACGUACGAAGGACUGUACGACACGUGGGCGGGCUUCGAGCACGAGAAGGCUUCACUCUUGCGCGUGUUCCAUACCGUCCCCAACGUCAUCCUCCUCUCCGGCGACCGGCACGAGUUCGCCGCAAUCGAGUUCACGAGCGCGGAUACAGAUGCGUACCCGGUGUACGAAGUGUCGACGAGCCCGAUGAGCAUGUUCUACGUCCCACUCGUGAGGACACUCCGGAUGCGCAGCGAGGCCGUGGUGAGCAGGAGGAGGGAGAUGAGCAAGGUGGCCGAGAAUGGGACAGUGGAGAGUGAAGUUGUGGAGGAGGAGGUGCCGAAGGAGAGGGUGCUGAAGUACAUCGCGGAGGGAAACUACAAAUGGUCGACGAUCGAGGUCGACACGAGGGAUCCGGAUCACCUGAACGUACUUGUGGAUAUCAUGAUUGAUGGGUCGAAAGCAUACAGCCUGACCGUAGAAGGCGCACCGGUCAAGCUGCAGUCCUCGACGGCGCUCGGGGCGUACGUGCCGCAGACGUUCAAGAGCGUGCUUGACAAGAUUGGCCUCAAUCCAAGCCGCUGGUUCUGA